GUCCCAUUUCCGAACAUAGUGUCAGAACAAGAGGCACGACCAGAAAACGUCAGUACGUUUUGUUCAGCCGCAGCAACCAAACAAAACGAUUAAAAACAUUACGUUCGAUAUUUGAAUGAAAAAGGCGCGAAAGUUAGAUGUGUCAAUGUCAAACUGAUUGCGUUAUUAUUAGAAAAACAAAAUGGAAUGUAAGCUUGCGGUACUAUUUGUAAUAUUGCUAUCAACUGGGGAAUCUGACUCGUGUAACAAUGACAUAUCUAAUAGUCCAACGCUUAUAGAGGAGUCUAAACGAGCAACUACAUCUGUAUACCUUGAAUGUUACUGCCAGGAUUCAAAGGUAAAAACCAAUCUUAAAUGGUUGGACAUUAACAACAAAGUAAUUGAAACACUACGACCAGGUCCAAAACCGGAUAUGUAUACAGAGAGACAAACCAACAAAAUCAGUCUUCAUAUACCAAGUUUGAGCAAAACUAUGUCUGGAGUUUACAAGUGCAUUAAUGAUCACAAUAAUGGGAGCUAUUACGAAAUCCAACAAUAUAAAGUGGAUGUUUACGAGCCGCCCUCAAUCCGUGAGGAUAGUACGCAAUUCAUUUCGUUGGGGAAAGAUUCAAAAAUCAAAUGCGAGUUAUUUGCCAUCAGUCUUCCUAUGAUAACCUGGCAUAAGAAAACCGAAGACUUAAUACAGAUAUUUACCGACGACAAAUAUAAAAUAGUAUCUGAUGGGUUGAUUAUAAAGAACGUGACACAAGAAGAUGCCGGAAAUUACAUUUGCUCAGUGUUGGAUUUAAAGUAUAGUGAAGAAGUUGACAUGGAUAUUACAGUCGAAGUAAUGAUAGAACCGAAAAUAAAGCAGAUUGUAGCUAAUCCAGACAGAACAUUGAUCGCUGGAGAGGCGUUAACAUUAGAAUGUAUAGCUGACGGUGUACCGUAUCCUGAAUUCACUUGGAGCAAGGUUACUAACACGAAGCCAGGCGUAAAUACUACAAAUUGGUUUGUAUUAAGCAACAAAAUGUGGUUUGAAAAUGUAACUGGAGAAGAUCAAGGGACCUACGAAUGUAUUGCGAAAAACAAUGCUGGUGAAGCGAAGCAGCAGCUUGUAAUUGAGGUUUUGGUGCCACCUCAAAUAACGGAAUUUAGCAAUAAGACCGUCGCCGUUGGAUCUAAUGCACAAAUAGUUUGCAACACAAUAGGGCGGCCGACCCCUAAUGUCUCUAUAAUCUUCAUUGGCAAAGACAAUGAUGAGGAGUUUAGAGAAUCCACUGAAGAUGAUAUUUUAAACAAUUUAUCGUUUAUAACUGUGAAUCCAUCGCAUGAAGGCUUUUAUAUAUGUAAUGCCAGUAAUGAAAUCGAUAUUGUGACGAAGACAAUGUAUUUAACUGUACUGAGAAAACCACAUUUUAAAGAGCCAAAUGAAACAAUUUGGGGUUGGAUUGGUAAAACAGUCAAUAUCAGUUGUGAGAGCGAGGCAAACCCUAAACCGAACAUCACAUGGAGAUAUCUAGGUAACAACGAACAAACAGUGGAUGAGUUUCAUAUGAAGCGACAGUUAAUAGAAGCAAUGACAAGUGAACCAGAUACAUAUUACUUAACUAUAGACAUUACAGCAAAUUCAACUAAAUUAUAUGGAUAUUACGAAUGCAUCGCUAAAAAUAAUUUGGGAGAAGCAAUAAAACAAAUAUAUUUUCAAGAAGGAUUCGUUCCGCCGCCUAUAAAAAAUGCAUCAGGAGAGACUACGGCUACAUCGGCCUCUUUCGAAAUCGUGGUACCCGACUACUUGGUUGGACCACCUAUAAUCGGUAUUACUUGUGAAUACGAUGAAGCUAGUAACUAUGGGAUAACAAAUAUCCACAAAAACAGGACGUGGUCGAUUGACAGAGACUUUAAAUUGGACAAAUUGAAGCCUAAAACAACGUAUAAUAUAAAAUUUGCGGCGCAAAACGAAGUUGGUGUAGGAGAGUGGAGUGCGUCUUUCUUCUUCGAGACGAUGAAACCGUCAACACCAAAUUCGCCUAUAUGGGAAGUAGAUUUCCCGGUGGUAAAUGUAUCGAAACUUAAUCAAGUACUCAAGUGGAAAGCGGCGGAUGAUAAUGGCGAGCCAAUAGAUUACUAUACUCUACGAUAUUGCCAGAACUGUGAGAUUGAUGAGGAAUCAUGCAAGAAAAUAAACAUCGAGACAACAAAUAAACUGCAGUUGAACACAAAUAUUUUGAAUGCGAAUACCACGUAUUGCGUCGAACUGCUCGCACAUAACCAAAUGGGGAAUUCGGCCGCAGCCAAUAUCACUGUUCAUGUGGCAGCUCUAGUUGUUGAACCCACGCCGACUCUAUCAGCAGGAGCUAUAAUAGGUAUAGCGGUUGCUGUAGUAUUACUGGCUUUACUGAUACUGGAUUUAAUUCUUCUGAUUUGGAGACGGCAAGGGAUUAUAGCGAACUGUUACUACAAGAAUAACAGGAAAAGAAAAGACGACAACUUGCAAACGCGUGACAAAAAAGGUCUAUUGAGAGCCAACUGUGAGUCUGUGACACAGGAGAAUUUGAAUAAAGCAGGAAUUAAGGAAUAUGAAUACAAUAAGACUACGGGUAUUAUAACUGGGAAACAUUCGUCUGUAUAGGCAUGAAACGGCCGUAGGAGUUAUUACAAAUGUUCUAAUAUACUUAUUUAUAAUAAAUGUGAAAAUUUGUUAAAAUAUUUAGUUGUUUUGUUACUAGAUCGAUGUAAUGUUUGAAUGGUUUUGAUUUAAAUUAGACAGUCCAUACGCUACAGUAACCGUUUACCUUCAGAUUGGCUGUAUACUUGUUUGCUACCUUUGCGGUAUAAAAAAAAAGAAUAAAUUAUUUAUGACUAACUUUUUGCGGGUUACUUUAUGCGCUUGGAUUUUAGAAGUAAGAUAAUCAAUUAAUAGAUCUCUUAUAUAUUUAUAUACACCAGAUUUUAAAUUAGACCUUCAAGGAUAUAAUUGUGGAAACCGCAUCCGAUAUCGGGCAGUAGAUUUUGCGUAAGGCUGGAAUAAAUAGAGCAUAUUUCUUUUUAAAAGGUUGGCUGCACGCUUGUGAUGCCUCUGUUGUUGCGGGCGCUUGUUUGUGCCUGUGUUAUAAAAAAAAGCACAUACAGAUAGACAGGCAAAGUUUCUAAAAAUUGUUUAAGCUCCUAUUGCUUUUAUUAAGACCCGUUAUGUCAAUUUUCCUUAAUGUCUCUUAUAUACAGAUAUCAUCUGGUUACAGUAUUAUUAUAUUAGUAGGAUUCUUUUAUACAAAUCAUUACAAUAAAUGAAUAAAAAGUUAUACAAAAUAUAAACGUAACUCGAUUUAAUAAGAUUAGAUAUUAUAAUUCAGGACAACGAUGCUGCGGGUCAUUCUUAGUGGAUCAUAUAAAAUAGUAGUCGCAUGGAUUGAGAUAAAAACUGGCAUUUGUAUUAUUUUUUUUUAUUUAUUUAUUUAUGCUUUAUUGACCACAUUACAAAAAAAAAAUGUCUGGUACAAAAGGCGGACUUAUUAUAUAGCAUUCUCUCCCAGUCAACCUUUGGCAAAACAGAAAUUUUAAUAUGCGGUGAAAAAAAAUUACAACACAUACAAUAGAGAUUAUAUAAAUAUACACACAUGAAUACAUUAAACAAAUAUUACAUAAAUAUACAAAUAUGUAAUAAAAAUACAUACAUACAAAUAUAAAUAUACAUAUAUAAAUAUACCUACUUAUAGAUUAUAUACGAUAACACAAAUAAACAACGAUAGAGAUCAAAAGUGAUGAUGAUGAAGAUGAACUGCUUUCACAGUUAUUAGUUAAUAUAAAAUCUCAUAAUAGACUCUAUGACUAACUGCCAUAAAAAUUCGUUUAUAAGUAAAAAACAUCUAAAAAUUUUUACAGAUUAUCACAUUUAAAUACAAUAUUAGCAGAAUAAUUAGAAUAUAUGGAAAUAACUAGAGUUUACGGACUGCUCUAAAGUGCUUAAUUUAUAUUUCAGAAAGUACUUUAUACUCUUUUUUGAUUAUUGUAUAAUAGUAGUUUAUGGUAGAUUAAAUAAUAGUGUAAGUAGUAUUAGACGAAAGCAUUUCAUAUGAUUUUUUUGUCAAAUAUAUAUUUAAAAUUAUUAUGUUAUUAAUUUAAUUAUAUUAUUAUAUCAUCUUAUUUCUUUAAUUGAAAUAAGUACUAGAUUUAUUUUUCUUAAUCUUGUAUACAUUAUUAAUUGAACAUCGAAUAUUUAUUGUGUAGGUACGAGAAGAUGUGUAAUGGAAUAAUAAGCUAUUUUUUUUUUAUUUAAUCAUUAUUAGAAUGUAUAAAUGUUACUAUAAUAUUUCUUAUUUAUUAAUUAAAACAAUUCCCAUUUUAAUAUUAUAUUAUCAACUAGAGAUGUGCCAGCAUUUUAGAAUGAUAUAUGUUACUUCGUAUACCUAAUGCCAAGGUGCGAAUAUAUAUAUAUAUAUAUAUAUAUAUGACAAAUAGUUUUAAACCUUUUUAACAGUCUAGAAGGUCUGGAACUCUCAAAAGCACGCCAAUAAUUUUAAUUGCACCCUGUAGAUAUAUUAGAAGACCACUCUUUAUCUGCAACUUCGUCUGCGUGACCGAGAUAAUAAUAUGUUGAUUGGUUGGGAUAAAAAGUAGCCUAUGUUUUUCUCCAUCACAAAUAAUAUGUAGAUACUAAACUUAAUGACGAUUAAUUGAACUGUAAAAACAGACAAAGUAAUUAACUUUUAUAUCUAUGUAAGUAUAGCCUGUCAGUCAUUGGCGUGGACAAGAAAAAAUAGACCGACAAAGUAUAAUUUUUAAUAUUAAUAUAUUUAGGUAGUUUUCCUAUGUAACUUUGUUUGCUUUGUAUUACUUAAAAAUAAUAUAUUUAUUAAAUAUUACUACGUUAUUAGGGUAUUUUGUUGUUGUAAAUAGAUCACAUUCUAAAUUACAUAGAAGGAAUGAUGAAAUAUAAACAGUAAAUUGUAUAGUUGCCUCUUUUCUUCUUAAGUUAAUGCAAAAAGAGGACGUGAGAUAUACUAUCAGUUUUCUCGAUUCGUAGUAGGCUAGCUUUCAGUAGAUUUUAUUGGCUGUAUAAUCCUACCAAAUUCAGAUACAACCUGCUUGAAUACUUUCUACCCAAACUGUGUCGAAAAUAUAAUCUAGUAAUGUAAAAUUUUUAUUGACAUAUUAAUAUAAAAAAAAAUUUUACAUACACUUUUUCUAUACAGUAGUCUGCUAUUAAUUGAAAAAAAAAAUAGCAACUGAUGGAGUAUCUUUCGUCUUCUUUUUACUAAUUAUAUUUGCAUAAGAAGAAAGGAGGUAACUAUAUGAUAUACAGUUUUUAUUUUAUCAUUCCUUGUAUAUAAUUCCUUGUUCUUAAAUCACAUUCUAUAACAAGUAGUUAUAUGACAGUACUUGACCAUGUGUAAAUAAAAUAUAUACCAAAUUACACCUACUCUUUUGUCUUUUUUUUUUAAUUAUAUUUAUUAAUAUAACCGUUAUUACUGCACGUAAUUUUCAUGCUAAAAAUAUAUAUUCUAUUAAUAAAUAAUCAUAAAAUGCAUUCUUUAAUUUUAUUAUUAAUUUAUAAAAUCGACUUUGUAGGCGUGUUGGUAUAAAUAAAUGCGUAAUAUUUUGCGUUUAUACCAAUUUGAAAAAAUACUUUCAUUCUAAGAAUAAAUAAAUAAAAAUAAA